UCCUGAACCAGAUGGGCACUCAGUUAGCCAGAUUGCUAACCCAAACCAUGAGUUUGCCUGUCACGUUAUCGAAAAUUGACAUAACGCGAAACUGAUUUCACUUUACCUUAGCGGAGUAAAACUUCAGGUUGCUGUGUCACUCAGUCUGUCGUUGCCACGCUUCCAUAUGCUUUAAACCCCGACUUGCCUGGAAGUGCGCACACACACACACACACACACACACACACACACACACACACACACACACACACACACACACACACACACACACACACACACACACACACACACACACACACACACAGAGAAAGACAUUUGUUUGCAGAGCCACACUCUAAUCUUACACAAUCCAAAUACUCCCUGCACACAACCAACCAACACACACUGACCAGCCACAGCUAACGCAUUCACAAACCUAUUCUAACCCUACUCACAGUUGACCACAAACACAGCUACUGGAGCCGACAACACACAUAUUGGCACCCCCUUUCUUUCUUUCACCUCUUCUGCUCCUCCCCUCUGCAUACCUCUGGAGCUACACAGAACUUAUCUGCUUUUCCUGAAUUUGGAACACCAUCGCUCCCAUAACCCUAUCUCUCCCAUUAAUCUCCUGAGCCGUGAAACUGCAACUGGUGACAUAUCAGCAUGAUGGCCAGAGGAUAAAAUGCAUGGAAUAUAUUUUUACCACAUCAGUUUUUUGGACACAUUAAUCUCAUUAUGAUGAUUCCUGCCUCCUCCCCAAUUAUUUGCAAUUAUUUUGCUUUGAACCUGGAAGGUGCUGCAGCAGAGUUUCUCUCUGAUUAACCUUUUGGAUAUCUUUGGCUUAUCCUAAACAGUGAGUGAUCAUUAUGAAAACCAUGGACAUUAUGUUCUAUUAGCAUAUAAUAACACAGUACAGUGUUGCUUACAUAUAGGAAAUAGUAGCAAUAAGUGUUAUACAUUGGUAUAUACCAACCAUUCAGAAAAAUAAAACCCCAUUACCAGACAGUAAUGGGAAGAGAAGCAGAGGAGAGAGAGGCUUCUGGCCAUUCCGAAAGGAGGAAACCCAAGGAAGAAGCAGAAGAGAGUGAGAAGGAGAUGGAGGAAGAGGGCAGAAGUAUGCAGAUCCCUAUGUUUCGCUGGGUAAUGCACGGGGCAGUGAUGUUUGGACGUGAGUUCUGCUACGCAAUGGAAACAGCCCUGGUGACGCCAGUGCUGCUGCAGAUAGGUCUUCCUGAGCAAUAUAACAGUUUAACCUGGUUCCUCAGUCCUAUCCUGGGUCUCCUCUUCACACCUGUGAUUGGCUCAGCCAGUGACCGAUGUACUCUGCGAUGGGGCCGGAGAAGACCAUUCAUUCUGGCCCUGUGUGUAGGUGUGUUGCUGGGGGUGGCGCUAUUCUUAAAUGGCUCAUUAAUAGGCCUUUCUGUUGGUGAUAGUCCUAGCAGCCAGCCAAUUGGCAUCGUCCUCACUAUAGUUGGUGUGGUGGUGCUGGAUUUCUGUGCCGAUGCCUCUGAGGGACCAAUCAGAGCUUACCUUCUUGAUGUUGCUGACACUGACGAGCAAGAUAUGGCCCUAAAUAUUCAUGCUUUCUCGGCUGGGCUUGGCGGAGCAGUGGGCUACAUGCUGGGUGGUCUAGACUGGACUGGCACAGCUCUGGGCCGAGCAUUUAAAUCACAGGAACAGGUCCUCUUCAUGUUUGCAGGCAUCAUCUUCAUUAUCUCUGUCACACUGCACAUGCUCAGUAUCCCUGAGCAACCUUUAGCUCCUUCCAAUCAGCUUAAAGUCACAGGAAGUGGGGAGUCUACCAGCCAGUUGUCUUUCAGGGCCGUUGGUCACACUCCAUCUUUACUUGAUGUGAUUGCAGAGGAGGAUGCUUCAGCGCGAGCUCCGUCCCGAGAGGGCAACAGAUCAGAUCCUGAGGAAGGAGAAAUGGACUUCCUUGCUGUGGAGCGAGUGCGGAGUAAAAGCGAUUCAGUCUUAGCCAUGCCAGAUGCCACAAUUGAGUUGGAUUCUGACCUCGACCCAGAUGCACAAUUUUUCCAGCCAGAGGUGCAUGAUUUUAAGCCAUCAGACCACAGUAUUGGGUCUUCGUCUACUUCCGGUGGACCACCCGCCCUUACUGAUGGGAUGGUGGUCUUAGAGCCUACAAAUCCAGCUUGGCCUGAGCUUAGGGGUCCAACAAACUUCCCUCCUUCUCUCCUUCAGAUCAGUUCUGGCUUGGAGGACUCACAUCUGAAAAUACAGGUCAAGGCUGUCAAUGGUGACAGUGCUGGCUUGUCCACUUCUGACCACUCUAAUGAAAUGAAAGGCCAUGCCUCCACUAGGCCAUGGAGCCGGCCCUCCAACACUUUAGCUUCAUCACGACCACACCCACACACCUUCUACAGACAGCCCUCCUUCACUUUCUCCUACUAUGGACGAGUGGGAUCACAGCGCUAUCGACUGAGAAGGACCGCACCAUCAAGCCCUCGGCCAAUUACCACCUCCCAAAGUUUGAAUGACCUGAGUAAACUCCAGCGGUGUGCGGACAGGCGGGAGUUGCAGCUGUCAGCUAGCAGUUUGUCAUCUGAGGGCUCCAGCAGUGAGGGAGGACCAGACAAGGGUACAACUGUUCGACUGCUCUGGUUAUCUAUGUUGAAGAUGCCUAGGCAGCUGUGGAGAUUGUGUGUGUGUCACCUCCUCACAUGGUUCUCCAUCAUAGCUGAAGCUGUGUUUUACACCGAUUUUAUGGGGCAAGUCAUCUACCACGGAGACCCCACGGCACCAGCCAAUUCCACAGAGCUACUAAACUAUCACAGAGGAGUACAGAUGGGCUGCUGGGGACUGGUGGUCUAUGCUGCUACUGCUGCUGUCUGCUCUGCAAUCCUUCAAAAGUACCUCGAUAAUUUUGAUCUGAGCAUUAAGAUUGUCUACAUUGUUGGAACUCUGGGAUUCUCAAUAGGAACUGCUGUUAUGGCAAUCUUCCCUAAUGUUUAUGUUGCCAUGGUGAUGAUCAGUAGCAUGGGCAUCAUCUCCUUGAGUAUCUCCUACUGUCCCUAUGCAUUACUCGGGCAGUACCAUGAAAUCAAAGAGUACAUUCACCACAGUCCAGCAAACACUAGAAGAGGUUUUGGUAUUGACUGCGCUAUCUUAUCCUGCCAGGUCUAUAUCAGCCAGAUUCUGGUUGCAUCGGCCCUCGGAGCAGUGGUAGACGCAGUUGGCAGUGUGCGUGUCAUUCCUGCAGUGGCCUCUGGGGGCGCCUUCCUUGGCUUCCUUACUGCCUGUUUCCUGGUUAUUUAUCCUGAUAUGGAGCCCACCAGCUUAGAGAAGGGCUUGGUGGGUUUACCUGGAGAUUCAGACCCAAAUGGAGGAAGGACCAGUGACCACAGAUGAAGAUAGUCUAAAGAGGACAGAUAAUGACUCUGUUGCCUAAGCAUUAAUUGUUUAGGCUUCUUCUCACUAAGCACAGGCCACAGCUUGUUUCUGAAGAAGGAAAGAGGAAAAACAUGGCAGAACAGUUGACUCCCAUCUACAGAUAUCUGGGUGGGAUGGAUUUGGAUGGAUAAUAUAUUUUUGGAGUAGAAGACUGAUAAGAAGAAACAAUCUCAAGUGUUGGGCUGCUAUGUUUGUCUUAUUGCUACCUCAACCCUAAAAACAAAUGGAUGGCUAGAUGAAUGGAAGUAAGCCAUUAAAACACAAAGAGACACAUAGCAGUAACUUGGCGAGACUGUUGAAGCUAACUGUUGAAGCUUAGACUACUGAAACAAAUUUAAGCCUUUAUUGCGAAAAACAUAAAUGGAAAGCACACAGAGCACUUUCUGUCUCACUCCUGAACAGUAUUGUCACACUGAUGCUGCGUAAAGUGUGAUAUUUUAAUUCACAGAAGCUGCUCUAUAUACUGCUUAAUGGACAAUCAUAGUGUUGAAAAAGUAUGUACCUCUGCAUUACAUGUAGACUGAAUAUGUUAAUACUUGUUCCUGUCUGUUAAUGGAAUACCUUGAUAUUAUAUUGUUAUUUUAUAAAUGCCAGAACGUUUCCAAACUACAGGUAAAGCCUUCAACGUUUGUUGCAGGCAUAACAAUUCCUACACUUUUUUUUUUAUUCACAUUUAUGAUUUUGGUUACAUAACAAGCUAGUGUGCAGUUAGAAGUGCCCUUUUAUGAUGAUUUGAUGACUCUUGCCUGUGCUGAAGAUGACAAAAAUUCUGAAAGAAAGAAACACUUUAAGAAAUUAAAUCAGCAGCUGUGACAAUGUAUUUUUGGCACUAUGGUUAAGUCUGCGGAUAGAUUUGUUAUCCACAUUCCUUUAUUCAAAUUACAAACCAAUUGCAGUGCGAAGUGUUUCUCAAUGAAGAAAUGAAGAUUUUGUGUUGCAACUACUGUAAAUAUACACUGUGUAUCAUCUCUCAAAUUUGACCUCAAGUAGUGUUGGGCUUCAGUGUGAUUUGUAUUAGAGGAUGGCAUUUGUUUUGUUUUCUAUUGAAAAAAAGUGUUUUGAAAUAUACAUUCCAAAUACAGGUGACAUAGUUGAAUAGAAAUGCUCUGACGUUAAAGGGGAUCGCUAGCCUGGAUGCCAGCCAAACUUAGCCCCGCCCACAAAAUUCGAGGUCACAUUCUGACUAGAAUCUGAGUAGGACCACGUCAGGCUAGGGGAUUGCAGUUUUUGUUUGUACUUUGUAUUAGAAGCAAAAUUACACUAGCCCACAUUAGUUUAGUGUGCCAUGCUCAUCAUUUGACAGCUGUGAAGGACAAAUAAGAUAAAUACCUCCCAUACUCCCAGGCUUCAGUUUACAUCAGAAUAACAAACAUGAGAGGUAGCAGAGAGUCUGUGGAGGAGUAUUGUGAACAUUGAGCAGUAUUGUAGGAAUUUAUUCUAAAAUGUGACCGAUGACCGGUUUGGCCCUAAAAGGCCAGACUUAAUCUGACUCCAAUUCUAUGGUCACUGAAUAGUGUUCGUUUACUGGUAGAUCAGAGAAAUAGACUCAAGAUUCAAAAUAAGACUCCAGAUUUGUCCAGUUAAAGUUAAUAACAAGCUUUAGUGAAUGAUAUUGCAAAAUAUAAUAAAUUUGUGCACAAGGAUCAGAUUACUUCAAGACAAAAUAGUCUAUCGCUAAAACCUAGCAAACAGAGUUUCCCCCAGCAUGUGAUGCCGGCUAACCCAGAACCCUCACUCUUUAUCCAUUCUCUCUGCUUCAUCUGUGGUGCUGUUAUCAGUUGGACGGCUAACGAUAUGUAACACAUUGUAUGAAAACAUGACCCUGAGUUCUCUCAUUCUCAGCUCAACAGAGACAAGUCGCUAUUGUUGGGUCCGAACACUUGUAUGUUUUUAAUCUCCUACAAACUAAGGAGUUUCCUGAGAGCCAGGUCAUUUUCAUACUCUGUGCCACAAAUCACACUCUUGCAAAACACUGACCAUUGUUGCCUCAUUCCCCCCCCUGAUCAGAGAAGACCUUUUUUUCUCAGUCAAUAAUCUCAUAACCCUGGGAAAAAAGGCAACAAGGUCAGCAUCAUGAAACCUACAAACCUGUUACUCUUACUCUCCCAAAUAUAUUCUAACAAUAUGCAAGACAAUGUUUAACAUACUCCCUUCCACACUUUAACAUAUUGGCAGUGUCACAAACUGAGUGCAGUAUACAAAGUUUAAUAAGCUAUACAGACCUAUGCCAGUCCUAAUUGAACAGCAUAGUAUGUCCUUUUUUCAGUAGAACUCCAUCAUUCUUGAAUAUUAGACUUGGUGUAAAUGCCCAGAGCAGCCUUAAGUUUCACUAAUAAGAGCUUUAUUUCUUUAAUUGUGGAGGUUUACAUGAUCUGAAACUGUUUCAGAAACCUGUAAUGCUGCAUAUUGAAUAGUAGAGAGGACCGCUUCUAUGCAAGGCCGACAGCUGAUCUUUGCAAAUUUGCAACCAUGACCAAGUGAACCUUAAAGAAAAGCACAGGGGCUUCUCAGUUCACUUUCCUCCUUAAAGGAUUGUUCAAGCCAGAGUGAAAACAGCACAAGCGUGAAAGGUCUCUAUCAUUGUUGCGACCUUGAGGAUUUACUUUGCUUAUGGGAAAUACAAACAAUUUGUUUUUAUGGACCUUGUAUCCUGGCAGCUUUGCCAUUGCUUUGCCUGUCAUGUCAGAAAAGUGUCUUCUAUGGUGUGAUUGCUUUCACUGAGGACUUAAGGCCUCAAGAUUUACACAGCCUGAUUCACAAGCACUGGAAAAGGGAUCAAUCUGUGGAUUUUGGCAUGAUAUAUUGAAGGGAAAGUGUUGAGAGAACUAAUGCAAAAUGAUAGAAAUAAGCACUAAUAUCCCUGUAAAUAAUGCAGAGAUUCUGCUUGUGUGUGACAUGGGCUGUGUGCCAUUGUGUUCGUUGGGAAUUGUACUAGGUCUGUUUUUUAAAAAGCACCUGUUGACAAGAGGUUAGGGUAUAUAAUAUUGUUAGUUUUUUUUAGCUAUAUAUUUUGCUAGUAUUAUGUUUUCCAAGCAAUAUGAGGUACUUAUUCUUUGUUAAUCAAAAUAGAACAGUCAUGGGAUCUGUAGACACGUUAAAACGUUAUUUUUCACUUUUCUAUCAGAGGACCAGUAAACAGGCAGGUUAACCAAAUCCUCUUGUUUUAUAUAAAGCUUUGAUUUCUUUUACAUUAACUUAUUUUUAGUUCAAUGAGUAAUUUCACUUUAGCUGGUAUAAAUGUUUCAGAGAUGUUUCCAUCUUACAAAGAAGCUUUUCUUGGGGAAUAACUAAAUUUUUAGUGCCAAACUACUGCAGAAGAAGUGAGGCCUGUUCCAAGAAACAAGAGUUUCUUGGAACAGGCCCCUUGCUGAUUGAAAUUGUUUUGAUUUUAUACAAAUGUUAAGAAUUUAAGAAUUAUAUAUUUUAUGUUUUGGUUUGAAAGUCAAUCACUGGCGUGAUUUUGGUUCUUUUUUGCUGCUGCUGGCAGACUUGUACAAUGUAAACAAGGUAUUUUUGUACCAGUUAUUUGAAAAAAUGCAAUGAUUACACCUUCA